AUGACAUCAAACAGAAUAUGGCUCGUCCUGCCACUGGCUAUGAUGCUGGCGACACUAAUCCUGGCCAAGAGCUCUGUCCAGGCAGCACCAGUCGAGGAGGUCGAGGAGUCGAGGAGCCAGAACCAGUUGAGUUCGACACUUGAGAAGGACAGGCAACGCAUCGACUGCAAAUUGACUUUCGAUGCGGCGACAAUGGGCUCGUUAGGCUGCCACGAUGAGAUGGACAUGGGACAGGAGGUGGAGGCUGCUGUGGCUGAGUCUGGGGCAAGUAGCACGGCUAAUAAGCCGGUCCAGCUGCAGCGCCACUUGAAGUCCCCCGAUAGUCAGCCCAUCUAUGAAUUACAAUUGGUUGUUUGGCCCAGUGACAUUGAGGAUGGUGAUGACUUCAAUCCACUGGAGGACAGUACCACCACCACAACAACAACAACAAAACCAACACCAACAACCACAACAACAACAACCAUAACACCACCCACUACCACAACAGCAACACAAAUCUGGCCUUUGUAUGAGGAUCAAUUGGCUGUAUUUCCGCAAAUGGACUUUGAAGAGGAAAAUCUUGAUUAUUUCUUGGAUGAACCGGCCCCAGCACCAGCUCCACCAUCAAUUUCUUCAACCACUGCACGUCCCAGGCCCAUAGAUCCCACUGGCACGACAACACCAACCCCCACUUAUGUUGUUGAAAAUUAUCACCUCAUACAUCCCAAUGGAACCGAAGAGUACAAAUUAGUGUUGAGCAACGGCCUGGCGAACUAUAAGAAACUGUACACGAAACGCGUGGGCGAACAGCUGAUCAAUGUGCAGGAGGGCUACAACUCGGUGCCCAUCGCAGGUCGACGCAAUCUGAUACAAACGCAGUAUUUCAUUGCCGAUGAGCGUGGAUACAAUGUCUAUAAGAUUGAGCAAAACUAUCAUCAGCCAGGGUUGCCCAAACAUUUGCAUUACAAAGCCACAAAACCAUCCAAUAUGUGAGCAAGGAUGAGAAGGAUUCUAAAAUUCGCGCUGCACAG